UCGAUCAUUCAUACUACCUAACAUACUCAUGUGGAUGACGAUGGUAGUGAGAGUGAGAGCGGCCAUUCUGGCCGUCGUCUUUGCCACGGCGCUCGCCACAGCCGCCCGCGCCGAUGGGGAGUGCGGCGCCAACAACAAGUGCGCGAACUGCCUCUGCUGCAGCAGCUACGGGUACUGCGGCAGCAGCGACGCCUACUGUGGCCACGGCUGCCAGAGCCAGUGCAACGGGUGUACCCCUGCUCCGGCCCCGGUUCCAACUCCCCCGGCUCCCCCAGCUCCUCCCGGCGAGGGCGUGGCAUCCAUCCUGUCAAGGGACCUCUUCGAGAAUAUGCUCCGCCAUCGUAACUACACGGCCUGCCCCGCCCGCGGGUUCUACACCUAUGAAGCCUUCAUCGCUGCUGCCACCACGUUCCCCGACUUCGGCACCGCAGGUAACCUAGAGACGCAGAAGCGGGAGGUGGCGGCCUUCUUCGGCCAGACCUCCCACGAGACCACCGGCGGGUGGCCCACGGCCGAGGACGGCCCCUACUUCUGGGGCUACUGCCACAAGGAGGAGAUUGACAAGUCCUCCGAUUACUGCCAGCCGUCGGUCCAGUGGCCGUGCGCGCGCGGCAAGAAGUACUACGGCCGCGGCCCCAUGCAGCUCUCUUGGAACUACAACUACGGCCCGGCGGGCGCAGCCAUUGGCGGGGGGGACCUGCUGAACAACCCGGACGUGGUGGCCACGGACCCGACGAUGUCGUUCAAGGCGGCACUGUGGUUCUGGAUGACUGCCCAGGCGAACAAGCCGUCGUGCCACGACGUGAUCACGGGCAAGUGGAAACCGUCGGCCGCGGACAAGGACGCUGGUCGGGCGCCCGGGUAUGGUGUCAUCACCAAUAUCAUAAACGGCGGGCUCGAGUGUGGCACAGGGCAGGAGGACCCCCGUGUGGUCGACCGGAUCGGGUUUUAUAAAAAUUACUGCGACCUCCUCCACGUCGGCUACGGGAGCAACCUCGACUGUUACAACCAGAGGCCCUUCAACAGCGGGCUCUCGGCUGGGCUCGCGUCGCAGUGACAACAUACUAAGACUUUGAGUGAGCCUUCUCCUCAUGCAUGGGUGUGUGAAUGUGAUCAUCAAUAAAUAAAGUCGAGGAAGUACCGUGUGAGUGAAUAAAUGGAUGAAUAAAUAAAUUUUCUAUAGUUGCGUGGGGGUAUCUCUCGAUGUAGAGAUUGAAAAUGUUGCCCUCUUUAUUAAACACGUGUCUUUUUUGUGUU